AUGACAACAUUUUUCUACCUGUUUUGUGGAUGCUUUGGGUAUGGAGCUUUUGGAAAUGCUACACCAGGAAACCUCUUGACAGGGUUUGGGUUUUAUGAGCCUUACUGGCUUGUUGCCUUUGGUAAUGCUUGCAUUAUUCUUUAUUUGGUGGGAGCAUAUCAGAACAACCUAUGUGAUCUCAACCAUUGGGGUUGCAAUUUUGUUUCCUUACUUCAACCAAGUUCUGGGAGUGCUAGGAGCCAUAAACUUCUGGCCAUUGGCUAUAUAUUUUCCAGUAGAAAUGUACUUGCAACAGAGGAAAAUUGGAGCUUGGACUAA